AUGGCGCUUCCAGCGAUCUCGUGGCCGCUCAUCUCCCUCCUCCUCGCCGUGACGCCAGCCCAUAGCACCUGUGAGGAGAGCGUGCGCAUCGCGGGCGCAGGCGGCUUGCUGCAAUGCUACCCGGCGCCGGCGCUCAGCAACGCCACGAACGGCACGGCGUUUCGUGCCACCCUGCUCCCGCUCCUCCGCUCUCUCCCCUCCGCCGCCGCGCCCACGGGCUUCGCCUCCCUACGGUCCGUCACUCGCGGGGAGCGCGCGUUCGCGCGGGGGCUCUGCCUCGGCAACUCCACGGUGCCGUCCGAGUGCGCCCGGUGCCUGUCCGCCGCGGCUGGGAACCUCACCGCCGGCUGCGGCUCCACCAGCCGGCGCGCCGGCUUCUGGAGCGACCGGUGCUUCCUCGCCUACGCCGACACCAACACAUCCUCGCCUAGCGAGGACGCCUUCCGCGCUCUCGUCCUCCUCGACGCCGUCCCUGCCUCUAAGGUCAACACCAAAUCCUUCUACUACGUCCACCUGCACGAUGAGCUGGUCGCCAUGGCGCAGCAGGUGGCGCGGCGCGCGGCCGCGAACAUCUCCGGGCCGCGGAUGCUGGCCACAGCGGAGGAGAGCAACUCCGAGAGCGCGGUGAGCAGAACAGUGCACGUUCUGGCGCAGUGCGGGAGGGACCGCACGGCGGCGGGCUGCGUCCGGUGCCUGCAAAACUCGGUGCACGCCGUGGACUGGGACCUCAACGCUGCCCGCGUCGACGGUGGCGUGGCGGCCGCGGUGGUGGGCUUCAACUGCUACAUGCGGUUUGAGGUCUCCACUGCAGCGUGUGGCGACACUAUCUGGGGCGGUCUCAACGAGAGAAACUAA